GAAGCGGAAAUGAGAGAAGAUGGCGUCUGGUUUGUUUCGUCGAAUGUUGGAGAGUUUUCUAAAAAGUUUAUCAACGAGCCGUUAACUGCUGCUGAAGAAACAUUCAGAGUUUAAAGAAAUCAUCGUCAAGUCGGAGGAAGAGAUGGAUGAUCAUCGCAGACUGCUGGAUUUCUCCCGGAGGCCCCAGAUAAUCUUACACCGAAUAGAUUACCUGCUACAUGAUGUUUAUAAGGAGAAGCUAUGUGACCAAGAGAAGAGCUCCACUCUGGACCAGGAGGAGUUAGAACCUCUGCAGGUAAAACAGGAAGAGCCAGAAGAUCAACAGAUAAAAGAAGAGCAGGAGGAUCUAAAACAUGAGCAGAUAAAAGUGGAAGAGAAAGAAGUUUACUGCAGUCAGGCUGAAGAACAGAUUGAAUUAAAACAGGAGACUGAUACCUGCAUGGUGGUUCCUGUUGGUGAGCAAACAGACCACACUGAAUCAGAACCAAACAGGAACCAAGUCAUCUUCCAGGAAGCUACUGAAGCUGAGAACCAAAAUCAGGAAAGAAGAAAACCUUUCUCAUGUGACAUCUGUGAAAAGUGUUUUGCUUUCAAAUCUGCUUUUGAUGCUCACAUGAGAACUCAUACGGGUGAAAAACCAUUUACAUGUUUGACUUGUGGAAAAUGUUUCUGUCAAAAACAGAAUUUAACUGAACACUUGAAUAUUCACACUGGUGAAAAACCGUUUUCAUGUGUGACCUGUGGAAAAUGUUUUCGUUUAAAACAGACUUUAACUAAGCACAUGAAUAUUCACACAGGUGAAAAGCCUUUUUCAUGUAUGAACUGUGGAAAAAGUUUUCGACUGAAAGAGCAAUUAACUCCGCACAUGAGGAUUCAUACAGGUGAAAAGCCUUUUUCAUGUGUUAACUGUGGAAAAGGUUUCACUGUCAAAUAUGAUCUCGAUGUUCACAUGAGGAUUCAUACAGGUGAAAAGCCUUUUUCAUGUGAGAACUGUGGAAAAAGUUUUAGUCUAAAACGGACUUUAAUUAUGCACAUGAGGAUUCACACCGGUGAAAAGCCUUUUUCUUGUGUGAACUGUGGAAAAAGUUUUAGUCAAAAAGAACAUUUAACUCAGCACAUGAGGAGUCACACCAGUGAAAAGCCUUUUCCAUGUGCGAACUGUGGAAAAAUUUUUAGUCGAAAACAGAAUUUAAUUCAGCACAUGAUGAUUCACACUGGUGAAAAGCCUUUUUCAUGUCUUACCUGUGGAAAAAGUUUUAGUCGAAAACAUCAUGCAAUUCGGCACAUGAGUAGUCACACCAGUAAAAAGCCUUAUUCAUGUGUGACGUGUGAAAAGCGUUUCUUCGUCAGAUCUGCUCUAAAUGUUCACAUGAGAACACAUAAAGGUGAAAAGACUUUUUCUUGUCUGAGCUGUGGAAAAAGUUUUAGUCUAAAACAGAAAUUAACUCAGCACAUGACGAGUCACACAGGUGAAAAGGCACUGUCAUGUGUUAACUGUGGAAAAACUUUUAGUCAAAAACAGCAUUUAACUCAGCACAUGAGGAUUCAUACAGGUGAAAAACCUUUUUCAUGCGAGAACUGUGGAAAAAGUUUUAGUCAAAAACAGCAUUUAACUCAGCACAUGAGGAGUCAUACAGGUGAAAAACCUUUUUCAUGUGUAACCUGUGGUAAGAGUUUUACUGCUAAAUCUUCUCUCGGUAUUCACAUGAGAACUCAUACUGGUGAAAAGCCUUUUUCAUGUGGGAAAUGUGGAAAAAGUUUUAGUCAAAAACAGAAUUUAACUAAGCACAUGAGGAAUCACACCGGUGAAAAGCCUUUUUCAUGUGUACAAUGUGGAAAGUGUUUCGCUAUCAAAUAUUUACUCUAUGUUCACAUGAGAACUCACACAGGUGAAAAGCCUUUUUCUUGUUUGAACUGUGGAAAAAGUUUUUGUCUAAAAGGGCAAUUAACUCAGCACAUGGAGAUUCAUACAAGUGAAAAGCCUUUUUCAUGUGUACAAUGUGGAAAGUGUUUUGCUAUCAAAUAUUUACUCAAUGCUCACAUGAGAACUCAUACAGGUGAAAAACCUUUUUCAUGUCUGAACUGUGGUAAGAGAUUCACUGGUAAAUCUUCUCUCAAUGCUCACAUGAGAACUCAUACAGGUGAAAAACCUUUUUCAUGUGGGAAAUGUGAAAAAAGUUUUUAUCAAAAACAGAAUUUAAAUAAGCACAUGAGGAUUCAUACUGGUGAAAAGCCAUUUUUAUGUCUGAAAUGUGGAAAAUGUUUUAGUCAAAAAUAUCAUUUAACUCGGCAUGUAAUGAUGAUUCACACCAGUGAAAAGCCUUAGAAGUUCACUACAAAGCAUUUGGAUAAAAAUGUGUUAUUUACUAGAGGGCUAUCUAUAAAAUCUAUAAAGUGGUGACAUUUUUUAAUUAAGUUGUUAAAUGUGAUAGUUUGGAUCUUGAAAUUUGGAUUCUUAGAAAUGUGCAUCUCUGAAACGUUUUCCUUGAGAGACAUUUUUUUUUGCUGUUUUGUAAUUGUUUUGCUUACAAAACCAUUGAUUUUAUUGAUUCUACUCAUUCUGGUUUUUAUUACUUAUUCAUGCCUUAAAA